CUCGAAUUAUGCGGAAAAGCAAGUUUGAACAACCUCUGCAUUUCACUUCCUAGUGCAGGGUUUCAUUGCCGUUCACACACAGGCAGUCCGGGUGCGAGGCUGUGGCGGUGAUUUGAGUCCAGCUUUCGUCAGGACGCGUCUAACAGGUCACCUGAAGGGUGUCAGCGCUGGACUUUGGCCCGCAGCAAAAGAGAAGAGAGGAUGUACCUUCAUGGUGACUUACUGAGGAGGCCCUGAACUUUAUUUUCUCCUCUAUCGGAGGCAGCUACACCUCGCCUGUGCUAAGAGCGCAUAGCCUACCUGUGCGGACUUGCCCGCUGCCCGUUCAGAGGACUGCAGAGGAGGGAGUCGAGCCUAAGGAGACACACCUUACUUACCUUUUGUGGCUGCACGGCGCCCCUCGCCCCACCCAACCCCCUCUCCCUCACUCCCUCUCUCUCUCUCUGAAAGCGGAGGAAAAAUCGGUCGGAACACUGAAAUGUCGGCAAAUGAGAGAGCAACCCGAGCUCUGAGGGAGAUCCUGCAAAAUCCUGGAAAUGACACCUGUGCAGACUGCGGCGCACCGGAUCCUGGCUGGGGCUCCUGCACCCUGGGGGUGUUCAUCUGCCUGGCCUGCUCAGGGAUCCACCGCAACUUCCCCGACAUCAGCAAGGUCAAGUCCCUGAGCCUUUCCCGCUGGGAGGAUCACGAGAUGCAGUUCAUGGCAGAGAAUGGUAAUGAGCUGAUGAAGAGUAAAUAUGAGGCUGCUGUUCCAGUCUACUACUACAAACCAACCCACAAAGACUGUCAGGUGUUGAGGGAGCAGUGGAUACGAGCAAAGUACGAGAGGAAAGAGUUCUCUGAGCCGGGGAAGAAUUUUACAUAUGAGGAAGGAACUAGAGAUGGCAUGCUGAUGAAGAGAGGGCGGGACAACGGGCAGUUCCUGAGCAGGCGAUUCGUCCUCUCAGAGAGGGAGGGGACCCUGAAGUAUUUCACUAAAUAUGACGCUAAGGAGCCCAAAGCAGUGAUCAAGGUGGACACAAUCAAUGCCACCUUCCAGCCGGAGAAGAUAGGAAACCCCAACGGCCUGCAGAUCACCUACCUCAAAGACUACAGCACCCGCAACAUCUUCGUCUAUCAUGAAAACGGCAAGGAGAUCGUAGACUGGUUUAAUUCAAUUCGUGCAGUUCAGCUUCACUAUCUGAAGGUGGCCUUUCCUGGGGCGACAGAUGCUGAGCUGGUUCCCAAACUCACCCGCAACUUUCUAAAGGAAGGAUACAUGGAAAAGACAGGUCCCAGGCAAACAGAAGGCUUCAAGAAACGUUGGUUUACUCUGGACCACAGGCGACUCAUGUACUUCAAAGAUCCACUGGAUGCCUUUGCCAAAGGUGAAGUCUUCUUGGGGAACAAGGACCACGGUUACAAUGUCUCCCCCGGCUUGCCCGCUGGCACCCACUGCAAUGGCGCCUGGCAACACGGUAUCACCAUAGUAACACCUGACCGCUGUUUCCUGUUCACUUGCGAGAUGGAGAGUGAUCAGCAGGAGUGGAUCAAACACUUCACUGAUGUCAUGAAUGCUCCGAUGUCCCCUCAGGAGUACACAAUGGAGGCCAUGUUCAAGCACAGGCCCUGAUGGACCAGAGGCUUAUGGGACCAUCUCCUCUCCUCUCAGCCCUUCACCAAUCUGACACUGGACAUCUGCAUCUGCUUUCGAGAAACUUGACUGUCAUCGCUUACAUGGUCACACUGGAACUUGUUGCUGAGUCCUGAAGGUAAUGAGGUUAAGAAUGGAAACAAGAGGACCAAGGCAAUAUUCAUUGGCAAAUUGAAAAUAUAUGCGUUCAAAAGAAAUAGGGUUAAUGUACAGUGGUAAUCAUUUUUAUGUGAUUUUGUUUUGGUGACAGCUUUGGCAUUCAUUGCUGUGGUGUUUUUGCACUGCACUCAUUCUGGAUUUUAUUUAGCUCAUUUUUUAGUUGCUAACUGACACUCUUUGUCUGUUCAGGAUGUUGCCCAUGCUAAUUAACUAUGGAAACAUGAAAACAAAACACUUCUUGUGUGCCACUGGAUUGAUUUCCAGAUGAGAUUUUAGAGAAAUGUGUUGGAAAAGUGAGAAGUGCCUUGGUCCUCUUAUAUCAAGUAUUGUAUGUGAGUAUAAUGUGAUGAUUGGAUAAUAUUGAUAAAGCACACAAACAUCUUCUUUUUUUCUUUCUUUCUUUCUUUUUUUUUUAAUAAAAGCUACAUUAUUCAUUGUUGUUUAAUGGAAACUUUAUAACUACUCUCAUGACUAAAAACAUUUAUUGAGUAUUGCUGCCCGGGUAAUGGGCCGAUAAGUGCAGUAAGCUGCAUGUGCUGUUUCAGUUCAAAAAGUCAAAAUGUUUUUGUUUUUUCCUUUUAACUUCCAAGCAAACAAAUAUCUUCAGACACAAUAGAGUAUAGUUUACAUCACGACUUCAACAUGAGUGCAUCUGUUAAAGAUGAAAUACAAAAAAGGAGAUUAGUAGAGGGAUGAAGCUGAAAAACACUGCAUGACGGGCCAUGGUCUAAGAGCGCCUCCAUGUGGCUUACAGUACAUAAGUCUUUGUUAAAGCAAAUGAUUCCAUUAAUAAGUUAUUGUUUCCUUGUCUUUACAGAUAUCAAAACCAUCUCUGUCGGUAGAUUUUAGUUGUGUUUUAGUUUUGUUUCUCUUUUGUAUUUUUCGGUUAAAGUAGUCAGAUUUUGUGUUGAUUUUGUACAUUAUUUUAAAGGCAUUUCUAUGCUUGACCAUGGCUGACUGACAUAGCAUAUGAAAUUAUUGAUCAUCAGUAAUAAAUUCAUAUUUCUCCUGAA